AUGGCUGAGGCUAGAUUUUCAGAUAUUGAUAAUCAAUUUGCUGGAGGCUUAGAUUUUUAAAAAAUAGCCAAAUUGGAUAAGCUAUUAUCAAAGGUGGACCAUGAUUUCAAAUAAAAAUAAUCUAAGGAUCUGACAAAACCAAAAUUAAUGGAAUUAAUGAAAACCAUGCAUGAAAUUUAUUAGAUCGUUCUAUAUGAGAUUAGUGAGAUGUUAGAAGUUGCACACUUUAGUGAAUUGAGAUAAACUUUGAAUAAAAUUUAUAAUGGGUAGAAUUUGAUUGUUCAUUAUAUAUUAAAAAUAAAUACUAAUUUCGAAGUACAGCCAGAUAAAAUGCUUGAAAGUUUGUAGAAAAAUAUGAUGUAGACAAGAAGGAAAUCAGUUGAUUAUCCUGAAGAACGAGAAACAAAUAAAAUGGCUCAUUCAAUAGUGUAACUGUAACCUGUAGUUAAGAAGAUGGUUAAGAAAGUGUUUGAAGAAAAAGGGACUGACACAGGAGAAGAUAUGAAAAAUGCCAGGAAUCAAGAUCAUCUUAUGAAAAAGUAAAAGGAAUUAAUGGAUAUUUAAGAUGAUUUAGAUGAGGAAAGUUAGAAGAUAUCGGAAUUCUUAAAAAACAGAAAACUUGAUUUAAUGGCUGUUGGAGAAUCUAAAGCAUAAGCCAAUUUGAAGGAAGUCUUGAAGGACUUAGGGAAGAAAAAAAGAAUUACCAAUGAAAUUGAUGAUGAGGCUGCAGAAAUUGAGGAGUAACAACAAAAAGAGAGAGAAUAGAUAUUUAAUUUAGAAAACACUCUUAUGGAUAGUAUUAGAGGAGUCUAAAAAUAAGCUUAGGAGAAAGCAAUAUAGGAUAUCAAAGCAGGUAGAGCAUUGAUGAAGAAUGGAUAAUUAGUUUACAUGGAAGGAGUGGCAAGUUAGACUGAUAAAAUGAAGAUUGAAAUUGAAUUCUAAGAAAAGAUGUAGUAACAUAGAAAAGAAGGGGCAGAGAGAGAAUCUAAGAUCCUAUAAUUAGAGAGAAGAGUAAAAGAUUUAGGUAUUGAAAAGGAAGCAUAUAUUCAAUAAUUGAGCAAUAUUAACAAUUAAUUAACGAAAGCAAAUUUGGAAAGUAGGAAGUUAUAAGAAUAAUUGAAAUCAAAAGAAAAGGCUAGUAGUGAAUAAUAAGCUGUUAUUAAUAAAACAGAUUCAGAAAAAAUAAGAAAAUUAGUUGAGGAUAAUAUAAAGAUGAAGUUCAGAAUAAAGAAUCUUAUAGACAGCGUGGCAGGUUUAGAGAAGGAGUAUAAUAGAAGUUUAGAAAGAUUUAGAUUAUUUAUAUAGAAUUCUAAUAUAAGUGAAGAUCAAAAGAAACUGAUUUUGAAUUCAUUGGACAAUCUAUUGAGGAUUGAUUUUAAUGAGAAAUUAAAUUUAUAAGAGAUGAAAGAAUUAAUGGUAGUGGAUGAUUUAUUGAAAGAUCCUUUAUUUAAAUAGAUCUGUGGAUCUGAUAUUUCUGCUAUAACCAGAUAAGUAAAAAAGGAUGAAUUAACAAGAAAAUAGAAAUUGGCAAAAGUGCCAUUUUAUGAUCCUUUGUUUGAUCCUGAAUUUCUGAAUCCUGGAGAAAAAAUAAUCACGAGAAAAGUCAUGAAACUUGUCAAAAGGUAAAAUAGUCAAGGAGAAUGGGUAGAGGAAGAGACAGAGGUAGAAGAGGAGGUUGUUGUCAAUGCAUAAGGUGAAGAAUUAAGAGCUCGAGAUAAACCAGUUAUGGUUUAAUAAUCAAAAUAAACUUAAUAAUUUUUAGAGUAAUUUGGUGGAUUUGCUGUUGGAGGAGCAAAGAUAAAGAUACCAGCAAAGCCUAUUACUAAGGAUGGUCGUUAAGUACAAUUAAAUGAAUGGUUUGAAGAUAGUUCUGGUAAAAAGGUGAGGAAGGUUUAAGCCAAAGAUGGAGAAGAGACCUAUGAAGUACAAGAAGAGUAUAUAGAUGAGAAUGGAAAAAAAUAAAUAAGGAUUAAAUAAAUGAAAGUUAAGAAAGAUAAGAAUGGAAAUGAUUAUAUUGAAGAAGAGUUUGUUGAUGAAAAGGGUAGAAAACAAAAAGUGGCUAAAAGAGUUACUAAAGACAAAGAUGGUAAUGAGAUUAUUGAAGAAAUCACAAUUGACGAAUAGGGGAAUAAAACCAUCAAAAAGUAAAAAGUUUAUAAGGAUAAGGAUGGUAAUGAGGUUGUAGAAGAGGAAUUAAUUGAUCAGUUUGGUAAUGCAACAACAGUCAAAAGAAAGAUAGUGAAAGAUGCAAAUGGAAAUUAAGUUAUUAUAGAAGAAAAAACUGAUGCAAAUGGAAAUAAAUCUAUUGCUACUAUCAAAAAGAAUUAAUUUGGAUAAGAUAUCAUUCAAGAAUAAAUUAUAGAUAAAAGUGGAAAAAUAUAGCAAGUGGAGAAAAAAAUGGUUGUGGAAAAUGGAAUUGCUAUUACAGAAGAAGUUACGUUAGAUGAGCACGGCAAUAAAAUUAUCAAAAGAACUAAAAUUAAGAAAGAUGAAAAUGGAAAUGAUAUUAUCGAAGAAGAAACCAUAAAUGCUGAUGGAUCUAUAACUAUCAAAACAUCUAAAAAAAAAUAGAAUGCUGAUGGUACAUUCACUAUAGAAACAGAAAUUAUGGAUUAAAAUGGGAAGGUCACAAUUGUUAAGCAACGUUAAUAUAAAGAUAAAAAUGGAAAUAUCAUUACUGAAGAAGAAUCUGUUGAUCCAUAAACAGGUGCAAAGAUUAUAACUAAAACUUUGAAGGAUUAAAAUGGAAAGGAAAUUGUCUAAAAGCAAAUAGUUGGGGCUGAUGGAAAAAUUAUUAAUACAUAAAAACAAGUCUAAAUUGAUAAGGAUGGCCAUCCUAUUGAAGUUGAAAUUGUAAGAGGGGAAAAUGGGUAACAACAAACUGUAUAAAGGAAGGUCUAGAAGGAUAGGAAUGGAAAUGAAAUCAUAGAAGAAAUUAUAACAGAUGAAUAAGGAAAUAAAAGAUUAAUUAAGACCAGAGUUAUCAAGGAUAGAGAUGGAAAUAAUAUUAUUGAAGAAGUAACUACUAAUGCCGAUGGAAGUAAGAUGACAGUUAAAAAAAAGUAAUAUAAAGAUAAAGAUGGACUUGAGAUUACAGAAAUAGAAACUAUUGAUGCUGAUGGAAACAAGGUUGUUAUUAGAACUAAAAAAGGAUUAAAUGGAGAAUAAAUCAUAGAGGAAACUAGAAUUGGAAAGGAUGGUAAGGUUGAAAAAACAAUAAAGAAAUUUAAUAAAGAUAAGAAUGGUAAUAUUAUUGUGGAAGAAACUUAAAUAUCUUCAAAUGGAACUAAAACUGUUAAAUUAAUUAAAUUAGGUACGGAAGAUAGAGAAAUUUAGACUGAAGGAAUCUUUGAUUUUAGUGAUAAGUCACAGUCAUUAUUAGAUUAGAUUUUAGAGUAAUUGGGUAGUAUGGGUUUAGAAAGAAGUAAACAAGAAUAAAUAAAAAAUUGGGUUAUGCUUAAAUAACAACUAUAAGUUAAAAGGACAACAAAAUAGCAAUAGCAAUUAUAAUAACAGGAUUCAGAUGAGGAAGUCUUAAAACCUAGACCUUCAUCUGCUUAAUCUAGUAAAUCCUUAGAUUCUUUAGAUGAAGAUUAAGCUGAAGAAGAUUAAUCAGAUAAACUUUAUCAAAGGUUAGUGCAGUCUAAAAAUGGGUAAAUGGGGGAAGUUCUGAGAUAAAUUAGAAAUUAAUUAGGAAAACAAGUCGUAAUAGGAAAUGAGUAAAUAUCUGUUGAAGAAUUCAGAGAGUACAUGAAAAAAAUGAGAUAAAUUCAUGCUCGAUGUGGUGAUAAUUGUCCACAUUUAAGAAGGUUUUAUCAAAAGAUCGGUUUUGCAACAAGAAAAUAUAAGAGGAGAUUCUUAAAAAUGAACCUAACCAAAAUAGAUGCGAAAACUAAACUUCCUUAGCUUUAGAACUUAAGUACAAUAAAGUGA